AUGGCGGAAGAAGCAGUUCUGGGAUUCCUGGAGAAGAACGAGGAGAUUAGAGACUCGGGUGAGUUCGCAGCUGAACGCAGCAUUGACCAUAACGAGAUCGUGAACGUGAUUAAGAGCCUCCACGGUUUCAGAUACGUAGAUGCGGAAGACAUUAAGAGAGAGACAUGGGUGCUAACUGAUGAGGGCAAAACCUAUGCUACUACGGGGUCACCUGAAGUUCAACUCUUUCUGGCCAUUCCCCCAGAGGGCAUCUCUAAAGAAGAUCUUCAGAAAAAACUGGAUCCUUCACUCUUCAAGAUAGCUUGUGCCCAGGCUGCAAAGAACAAAUGGGUGGAAAUGGGAAAACAAUUGAUUUCUAAAAAGGUUGAACACGUGGAUGACAAGGUCAAAGAUCUUCUUAUCCAAGUACAACAAGGGCGGAACAUUGGUUCAGAUGAGAUCAAAGCACUCAAAGCACGAAAGCUCAUUGUCCCACAGACGUGGAAGGGUUACUCGUUGAAAAAAGGUCCUAAUUAUGCACCCAAAAGAAAGAAGGUUGUCACUGACCUAACUCGUGAUAAUUUUCAGAGCGGUGAGUGGAAGGAUUUAGAGUUCAAGGAGUACAAUUAUAGUGCUAAAGGUCAGCCUCUUGAGGGUGGCAAUCUUCAUCCAUUACUGAAGGUGCGAUCUCAGCUGAAACAGAUUUUCCUCUGCAUGGGGUUUGAGGAGAUGCCAACAAAUAAUUUUGUUGAGAGCAGCUUCUGGAACUUUGAUGCCCUGUUCCAGCCCCAACAACACCCAGCUCGUGAUUCACAUGAUACAUUCUUUUUGGAAACUCCUUCAACAACAAAGGAAUUGCCUGAAGAUUAUGUUCCAAGAGUGAAGCAAGUUCAUGAAUCUGGUGGUUAUGGGUCUAGAGGAUAUGCAUAUGACUGGAAGAGAGAGGAGGCUAAUAAAAACCUCCUGCGGACCCAUACAACUGCUGUUUCUUCCAGGAUGCUUUACCAACUGGCACAGAAACCAUUUGCCCCAAAGAAAUAUUUCUCUAUAGAUCGUGUAUUCAGAAAUGAGGCAGUUGAUCGGACACAUCUUGCGGAGUUCCACCAAAUAGAAGGCCUUGUAUGUGAUCGGGGACUCACUCUUUGUGACUUGAUCGGAGUCCUACACGAUUUCUUCUCACGCUUAGGCAUGACCAAGCUGAAGUUCAAACCAGCUUACAAUCCAUACACUGAACCUAGCAUGGAGAUCUUUAGUUAUCAUGAAGGUUUUAAAAAAUGGGUAGAGGUAGGAAACUCGGGCAUGUUUAGACCUGAAAUGUUGCAGCCGAUGGGACUUCCUGAAGAUGUCCAAGUUAUUGCGUGGGGGCUUUCCCUUGAAAGGCCAACGAUGAUACUAUACGGGAUAGAUAACAUCAGAGAUCUAUUCGGACACAAGGUGGAUCUUGGCCUCAUAAAGAAAAAUCCAAUAUGUCGUCUUGGAAUUGAUUAA